AUACGGACACAAACAGAAUUGCAGCGGGAGUGGCCUGUGUGUUUAUGCGCAUUCAGAGCAUCAAUAAAAGGCGGAAAGCUCCGAGCUUUGAGCACAGCUGUCUUCAUCACACCAAACCCUGGAUGCCUUUUCUAGCAGGAGAGAUCCAACCUCAGACCUGUAGCUAAGGGUGAGCCUCUGAGACGCGGAUGAAGAAACAAAUCUUACUACUUUUCACAUUCCGAGGACAAGUAAGAAAAGGGAAGAAGAGUAAAAGAAGAAAAUGUUUAUAUUACGGAAAGCCGAGCCCAAAGACGUGUCUGAUAUACUGCGACUCAUAAAGGAACUGGCAAAAUAUGAAGAAAUGGAGAGUCAAGUUCUUCUAACUGAAGAAGACCUCCUGGAGGACGGCUUCGGAGAUCACCCAUUUUAUCACUGUAUAGUGGCCCAUGUGCCCAAAGAGCAUCAGAGUGCUGAUGGUCAUGUGAUCAUUGGGUUUGCCAUGUAUUAUUUCACCUAUGACCCCUGGAUUGGCAAAUUGCUCUAUCUGGAAGACUUCUAUGUCAUGAAGGAAUACAGAGGUUUCGGAAUUGGCUCUGAAAUCCUGAAGAAACUGAGUAAUACGGCCGUGAGGACGCGCUGUAGUAGUAUGCACUUCAUCGUGGCGGAGUGGAACAAACCAUCUAUCGAGUUCUACAAGCGGCGUGGGGCUUCAGACCUCUCCCUGGAAGAAGGAUGGAGGCUCUUCAAGAUUGACAAACAAAACCUGAUGAAGAUGACGGAUGAGGAGUGAACGUGAGGUUGGGAGGAUGCAGUUUCUAGAUGAAGCUUAUGUCCCUGAGACUGCUGGCGAAUUCAUCUCUAGUAUUAUAUCCAUGAUCAGCCCCUUCUUUAUUGUGUCCACUAAAGUGAACAGAUUUUUGACCAUUCAGAAUGAUACAUCCAAGCUUUUUUUUUACUCUAAAUCAGAAUGCCACAUGAUCUUUAACUUUAUAAGGAAAACGUUAAAUGUUUAAAGAGUUGUUUGUGUCUUCACGAUGUAUGGUAACUUGAUUGUCUGUUAUGAUUGCACUUGCUCCAGACACACAAUAUGAGAUCUCAUCCUGUUUACCUUCUGUCGAAGCCAAAACUAAAUUAAACUGCUGGUGUCUGUAAAUGUUGAGUGAAAUAAACUGAGUGAUAGUGACCGGAACAGGAAAAGAUGAUUUGCAGUUUUUAGCCACUGUGUAAAACAAUCCUACACCCCAAACCCAACAGAAAGACCGUUUCCGUCAGGCUGUGAAGCCUUUGUCUGAUCUAAGGAAACAUAACUGUUAAAAAAACAUUGUCUUCCUGUCUUACGGACGUAUUCAUAUGGAGACAUUCUUUACUGCAGCCCUAACAUUUUUAACUGUAAAUGACAAUCGUCAUGUUAUAUUUCCAGAUAUUAAAGGAUAUUCACCCCUUAAUUAAUUUCUUCACUUACCCGCAUGUCACAUCAAACCUGAAAGGUUUUCUUUUGCAGAACAUAAAAAAGGAUGUGAAACCAUUGAGUGCCAUAGAGACAGAACCAUGAGACAUUUCUCAAGAUAUAUUCAAUUGUCUUCCCAGAAGAACUUACAGGUUUUAAACAUGAGAGUGAAUAAAUCAGUUUUUACAUGAAAACAUGCUGUGAUGGGGAUGAAGGUUCUGGUAAUCACUCAGAAUCAGUGUCGUCAUAAGAAACUUCCUCCUAUUGGUCUCCCGUAAAGAAUUCCAGCGGAUAUGAAUGAGUGAGUGCUGAAUGUAUCCCAUUCAAAACAACAGGCCAGAUAAAGAUUCUUGUGCCAUUAAUCAUUAAAAAGUCAAAUACAUAGAUAGUUUGUGAUGUAGAGGAUCUCUUUGCAGGAAGGAUAAAUCUUUUCAAAUGUAUCUAAAGUAUUUCCAAUGCUUAAUAAAUGAUAAAAAGCUC